AUGGGUCUAGUGGAAAAGUUCCUCCCUAAGGAUGACCGCUUUGCGGCGCUUCUGUUGUAUGGUAUGGUCUUUUCAACCUGCUUCAACGGGUACGAUGCCGGGAUCAUGACAGUCAUUCUGGCCGAUAAGCAGUUUAUCGAAUACUAUAACAUCGACGAUAACAGAUCCGGUCUAGUGGCAACGAUACCUUGGGCGAUGACAGGGCUGGCCCAGCUUUGGCUUGGAGGCUCUCUUGCUGCAUGGCUUGGACGCCUUUGGGCUCUACGGAUCUCUAUUUGCAUCAUGAUUAUUGGAGUAGUCGUCGAGGUUGUUCCAAACAACUUUGGAGUCUUAAUCCUAGGACGACUCCUAACAGGUCUAGGCUUCGGAUGUGUCUAUAUUGCCACGAACCUCUACGUCGCCGAAUGUGCACCCACCAAACUGCGAGGCAGCUUCGUCGGAACAGUCUCACAGUUCGGUUACCAACUAGGUAGUUUAAUUGCCUUCUGGGCUGGAUACGGAAUGUCCUUCCACAAGUCACCCUAUAACAUUGCCUGGCGUGUAUCGAACAUCGUCCAGAUUCCUAUUGGUCUGGCCUUUGUCGUGGUUUCAUUCUGGUAUCCUGAAAGCCCACGAUAUGUUCUGGAGAAAUACCCUGAGACCCCUGAGCGGGCUCUCAACGUUCUCAGUCGGCUUAGAUCUGGAGCACCAACGGAUGAACGUAUUCGUACCGAGUUCCAUGAAUUGGUGGCCUCGUAUGAAUUCCGCCGUCGCUAUGAGACAGGCUAUGUUGGUCUUCUCAAGGAUAAGACUAUGCGUAAGCGGCUGUGGUAUGGUAUUUAUGCCGCAGGUCUCCAGCAGUGUGGAGGCAUUGCUUCACUGACCAUGUAUGCCACAUUGAUUUAUCAGAGUCUUGGAUGGGAUUCUGGCUCGCAGGCUUUGUCAAUCAAUGGAAUCCAGUCUGUUCUUCAGCUGCUUAUAGUGUUUGUUAAUACAUUCACGGUUGAAAGAUUUGGUCGUCGGGGUCUCUUGCUUGCUGGAUUCGCUAUCCAGUCACUGGCUCUCUUGAUCAUGUCUUGUUUAACCACUGCUUUCCCGUCAAACGGCAACAAGGCUGCUGCUAUUGUAGAGGUUGCAAUGCUUUUCAUCGUUGGCUUGACCUAUUGUUGGUCCAAUGGCCCUAUUGCACCAACAGUGGUUACGGAGAUAUUUCCUCAGCAUGGAUUCGGUCUUUCAAUGCUUGGUCAGACAUGCUGGCUGAUGCUACUCACGCAAUCUUGGCCAUCUUUCAAUAAUAAAGUCGGUGGACACAGUUAUUGGCUACUGUUUGGUUUGAAUUUAGCUGCUGGCAUAUCCGUUUACUUCAUUCUUCCCGAGACCAAGGGCGUGUCCCUCGAGAGAAUGGACAAGAUCUUCGGAGGGCUUGAUAAUGUCGAGGCCGGAGAAUGCGAAGGGACUUCCGAGAAGCGUGAAGCCAUGGCCAUCAUAAACGAAGGAGACAAGGCUCCAACCGCUCAUGUUGAGGAUGCUUCUCGAUCCCCAUCAUGA